AUGGCCUCCCCCAUCCAUGAUGUUAUCAUGCUGUUUGGAGACUCUAUUACGCAAGGAGGUUGGCAGAACGGUGGUUUUGGACAUCGCUUAGAUGAUGCCUACUCCAGAAAGUUCGACGUACUAAACAGAGGUUUGGCGGGAUACAAUACGGACUGGGCUUUACCUGUAUUCCGGCAGUAUCUCGCGACGGUCGAUGAGCGGAAACACGCUCCCCGUAUAAGGCUCCUCACGAUCUGGUUCGGCGCAAAUGAUGCUUGCAUAAAGCCCUCGCCGCAGCAUGUCCCCCUUGACAAGUUCACUGAAAAUAUCAGGGCAAUAGUGCAAAUGAUCACAUCACCCUCGUCGGGAUACUACUCUCCGGACACCAAGAUCAUACUGAUCACCCCGCCGCCGGUAAAUACUAUACAGCGUAGUGCUGACCUUUCAUCGCGCAACCCCCCGCUUGCGCUCGAUAGGAAGUUUGACGUUACGAAACUGUAUGCGGACGCCGUCAAGUCCGUUGCUGGCGAAGAGAAGGUUGCAUUACUAGACGUGUGGACGAUAUUCUGGGAAGCUGCUGGGUCGGAAGCGGCGCUGAGCAAGUAUCUAUCCGACGGUCUGCAUCCGAGUGCAUUGGGAUAUGAUUUGGUGUAUGAUGGUCUUGUCUCAACGAUUGCCAGAGAAUAUCCAGAACUCCACUACGAGAAAAUCAAGCCUCUGUUCCCUCUUUGGGCGGACAUCGACUGGGCCAACCCAGGUCCUGGUCUCGUAGCGUCUAAGAUCUAA